GAGCCAGUUAGGUUAUGUUCGAUCAAUGAUGAAGAAAGAUGGCGUGUAAGCUUUUGGCAUGGUCUUUGGUAUGCGUCAAAGUGAAACAUACUGAAUAGGUUAUGAUACUAACACGGUGCUUGUAAUAUAUUAAAUUUGAUAACUGAAGCACCGGAUAAAUUCCAAGUUGUAUAGAAUAUCGGUUUAAUAAAUAAACGAAUAAUGGGAGAACACGUGAUUCGUUCGUUCUACGGCCUCGGUAUCUUCGUUUUUUUUCUUUAUUUCAUGAAAGUGUCAAGUGCUCCGAGUGCAUCAACACCAAAUAUCAUAGACAUGAUGACAGAUGACAAGGAGUUAAGUUCUUGCAAUGUGCCGAACUUUCUAUAUAAUAAUAACGUCACGAGGGAUUGUCACAAUGUAACAUAUCCCGACGAUAAAUCGGUCGAAGAUAUUCCUAAGAAAACUUUUUUAUGUAUGACAUUUUACGAUACAAUAUAUAAAGCUUGUCAAACUAAUCAGUUACGGAACCCUGUGUUUAAUGACGUGACCACAUUUUAUACGUAUAUUCAGAAUUUUAUUCCCAAGAAGAACGAAGAAGAUCAAACGAAAUUUUGUGAAAAUAUUCGAGGCAUCACGUUCACGUAUAAAAAGUUAAAACCACUGUCGCUUUUCAACUUAAACAAUUCCCAUGUCUGCUAUUCGGCGUGCUUCUCUGUGACUGAAACCUUUAUUCAACUUUGUGCGAUAUUACCUUGGAGCAAAAGCAUCGAUGAUAAUAUAAUAGAAACAAGUAAAAUUGAACAAAAAAAAGUACAAACCGAUGGUUCGUUAGAUGAGAGUAAGAAGUUGGUUACUGAUGGCGAGAAGAAAGUAACUGAACAGAAACUAAUAAACAAAAAUGAGGCGCAAAAAAAUAAAUCUGCCAAUGUUAAGAAUACAGAAACAGCACAGGAAACACCACCAGUUAGUAAUAAAUCCACUGUAGAAAAAUCUGCUAAUGUGAGUAUCAAGCAGACUACAAAUAACGCUGAUACUCCUCCAGUAGACAAACAAGUCCAAGAGGUUCAAAAACUUGACACAGUUAAUGUUGAUGAUACGGAAAAAGUAUCUGUGAAUAAAGAGAAACCUGAUGAUCCUAAGAAAGUAGAUGAUAUCAAUGGGAAUGUUGAUAAAACGAAAAUUGAAGAAACUGAAGAUGUUAAAACGAGUACAAUAUCAGAGAAUACGGAAGAUCGUGAAAAUUCUGCUAAUCAAGAUGAUUGGGCUGAUGGUGGUAAUGAUCCGAAUGAGGGACUCGAUCAAGCUUCCGUUACAGAAGCUGAUUCGGAACAGGGUGUACCCGAGCCGUCUGAGCAACGAGACUUCACGUCUCGUUAUCACUCUAUAAGAACGGACGAUGAGUCACAUUUUUUUACUUAUUUCACUAUCGUGUCUCUACUUUCUGUGGCUGCCUACGUCGGUUAUCAUAAUAAACAGAAGAUAUUGGCUAUUGUGUUGGAAGGGCGUAGGUCACGCAACAACCGAGGUAGACGACGACCAAGCACUGCUAAUUAUCGUAAAUUAGAUUGUACUUUAGAAGAAGCAGUUACGUCGCAAUGUAAUGCAAAUGUUACCCAUGUUAUAUAUUAAUGCAUGUAAUGUACCGGGUAUUUCGAACCAAUUGUAAAAUAGCACUCGUGUAACAUAUUUUAUAUUCAAUUAUACUUCCAUUGUAAUAUGAGUUUAUUUUUAAUAAUCUAA